CGCCACGCGUGAGGACAAAGAUUGACCAUGAGCGCCGAAGGGUCUGGUCCGGAAGGCGGGUCACUCCUACUCAACCAACCUGUUGUCAUCGAUAAUGGCACAGCUAGCAUCAAAGCUGGGUUUGCGGGAUCGUCCAAACCAAAGGUUGUAGUUGGUACCAAAGUUGGACGGCCUAAGCAUAUGCGAAUCAUGCCGGGAGGUGCUCUCGAGCUUGAUCAAGGCAGUAGCAUUUUUGUUGGGCCGAAACUGGACGAACACCGUGGCGCCUUUGUUCUGGAACACCCUAUGGACAAAGGUAUGGUGACGGACGGAGGAUGGGACGCAAUGGAACACCUUUGGGAGCACGUGUAUUCGAAACAGUGCCUGAACGCAAAGCAAGAGGAACAUCCUGUUCUCUUGACGGAAGCGCCGCUUAACCAACGCAAAAAUCGUGACCAAAUUGCGGAAAUCUUUUUCGAAUCCAUUCGGGCACCCGCACUGUUUUUUACACCGCCCUCAGUUCUCAGCUUGUACGCUUCUGGUCGCACUACUGGUGUUGUCUUGGACGUUGGUGAAGGUGUCACUCACGCUGUACCAGUCUAUGAAGGAUUUGCUUUGCAGCAUUCGGUAGUGAGGAGCGAUGUUGCGGGUCGGGACGUCACCAAACAACUGCAGAUGCAACUGAGACGAGCUGGCCUGUCGUUCACCACUACGGCAGAGUCGGAACUGGUCAAGAAAAUUAAGGAAGAGUCGUGCUAUUUGACGCCAUCUCGGCUGGCAAAUGAAAAUACCAUCAAAGAAUCCAAUACGCCGUACCAACUACCCGAUGGACAAACUGUGAACCUGUCCACGGAACGGUACCAGGCGCCCAACGUUCUUUUUGACCCGUCCCUAAUUGGAUCCGAGGAACCUGGAGCCGCCGAAGUUUUGGUCAACUCGAUUAUGAAAAGUGACAUUGACUUGCGAUCAAAGUUGUUCUCGCAAAUCGUGUUGGCCGGCGGUUCUUCGCUCACACCAGGCUUUGGCGACAGAAUGUUGUACGAAGUUCGUUCUCGAGCUCCCUCACAUUUACGCAUACGUAUCUCGGCACCGCCAGAAAGAUUGCACUCAGCCUACGUAGGAGGAUCAAUCUUGGCAAGUCUGUCGACGUUCAAGAGCAUGUGGGUUUCCCGGUCCGAGUAUGAGGAACACGGAAGCAACAUUCUACACCGCCGAGAGUUGUAG